AUGGAGGCGCCCCAGCUCACCCCGGUCGGGGAGAAGACCCUGCCGUCAAAAUGUAAACUCAGCGCCCUGGCGUACUGUCCCUCGAUGGACCUGAUCGCCCUCGCGACGGAGGAUGACGAGCUCCGCGUCUUUCGACUCAAUGGGCAGAAGGUGUUUGGAGGCUCGUUUGAGGGCGAUCCGUAUCUAGGCGAGGACGAGGGGGAUGGCGAAGUCAGGGCUCUCGCGUGGAAGGGCAAUGGACGUUUCCUUGCCGUCGCUUGUGGGGAUGGUACGGUCCGCAUCAUCAGCGCGUACAGCGGCAAGACUGUGCAUCACUACCCGGCGUACGAGGGCCAGAAAGAUGAUGCCCCUACUUCUGACCAGAAGCCCCCCAAGGUGGCCUCUCUGGGAUGGGGUGUCAAUUUCACAGACAGCAAAGCUGCGCAGCGACAUCUGCAUGAGUCUGCAGGCCAAAUCACCAUUGAGGAUCUCCUGACACCUAGCGUUCAUUCAUCCAAAGCAGUCGCCGUACUGAAGGCCGACUUGCCCAGAGAACUGUCCAUGUUAGACAUUGAAAGUUCUCUUCCUAAGCUGAGCACCCUCCCCGCUACCGGUACCGAAGACGAUCUGUUCAGCUCGCGGGCUUCAAUCGACGCCAUCUUCCACUCUUCCAAGGACAACGGCGACUCCGUGGAUGUCCUUUUUGUCGGAUUUGACGAUGGAACCGUGCACCUACGCAUAUUUGACUGCUUCGAGAUCGGCUCGCUCCCCGUUGGCGAAUCCACCGGCAAGGCCGAAUCGUGCCAAAUCCUUCGCCAUGCCUCGCACCCGCUAAGCUCCACGCAUGCCUUGCUGGCAUCACCCGCCACAGGCCAAGAGCAAGCCCCUCUGAAACUUGUCACUCUGGAUCUGCGCUUCAUUACCAAGUCAGGGCGGUACUUGUCCCUUCUCGCGUCAAAGACGACUCAGCUGCAGAAUCUGCUCCGUUACAUCGGGCAGGUACAGCGGCAGAUCGAACUCGAAUGGAAAAAUGCUCAAGAGCUGCCUUUCCGCUUCCUGCGUAGCGUCAAUAUGGACUUGGAGGAGAAGUGCCAGUGCGAUUUUACAACCGCGAUUUAUCAUCUGGUGGCUACGGGUCAUGCCUUUGAGCCGAUGAAGGAGUUUCUUGUGGAUAUUGUUGGAGAAAGAGGACACAAGCGAUGGGAUAAGGCUGUCGCAGGCGGAUAUGAGAACAUCCGACGUUUGACUCACGAAAACCUUCUUCCAGCGCUGGAGCGAAGCCAAGUACUCAUCAGCCGACUUGUCGGAUUGUCCAAGUUCCACAAGCUCAGCGAUGUCCUCGGUUUGGAUACUCCAAAACUAAAGGGAAUCGUCGAGACACUCGAUUGUCUGCAGCUACUGUCCCAUCGUAUCCUCAUCCAUACGAAUGAGGAGCUGGAUCAGUUCACCGUCUUCUCUAGGUGGCUCCGCCAUGAAAUCCUAAUCCUCAGCAGUGAACCCUUGUCACAGACCGAGGAAGAACUCCUCGAAAAAAGAGACCCGUUCGACGUCCCUCAAACCACGAAGUACAUAACCGGCGCUCUGCAAAAGAGUGUGCUUCGCAAUUUCAUUCGGCAGCUGCCCAUAUUGGGUAUGCCCCCAGCUCCACAGCCCCCUGCCGAUAAGUGGCUUCCUGAUGGCCAUGACCGGUCGUUCUAUGACGAUUUCAAAUCGUUACUCCAGCACCAGCGUCAGGCCCAAGACAAUGGCGGGAAUGGAGCUUCUGUGGAUGCUCCUAAGCUGAAUGAUCUGACGAAGCGACUGGGUGUCCAGUUCGAGAAGGUGUUUGCGGAGAUUGCGCUGACCCAGCGCAGAGGUAUUCUGCACCGGUCUCCGCUUACGCUUCAUGCGGAUUGUGAUUGGGGUGUCCUCGAUCUGAAGAUGUGCUACGAGGACGCGGAAGAAGAAAAACCUUGCUCCAUUUACGUCGUUGCCAGAUCGACCAGCUCAAAGUCAUCAUUCUACAUCUACCGCACCGUUCUCGACUCAGUAAACGGCGUCAGCUCGACUAGAGCUACAUCCGUUGCAUCUCUUGCCCUCAAUGAAGGAGAGAUCCGCCAGCUACAGUUUGUCGAAGACAAUACCCUCAUGCUCCUGUGGUCUGAUAGCAAAGGAGCAUCCUACCUCUUGAACUUUCCCUUCCAGCCUGCCUCGGCGCAACAGAUCGAGAAAACCGAUCCACCCUCACUGGUGGUUGAGUACACAGACUGCGAAGCUAGUCCUACUAAUAGGAAGCUAACAACCCAGACAAUGCAGUUGGAUCUUUCUUCACUGAUUCAGUCCGGCGUGGUUCGCCAUACCUUUGCGGUAUCUGGACCCAAGGCGAAACCCGUGCAUUUAGAUGUCAAUGGACGGAAAGGCCGACGGGCGGUGUGUGUGUUGUAUGGUGAUGGUAUGCGCUAUGACGUGUUGGACCUGGAUGCAGCUAUUGAGAAUGAAGAAGGGGGGGCAGAGGUGGAGGCCGAGGAGGAAGCUGAGGCUUAG